GAUUGAUCCAUUACCUAAAUGUACUAUAUAUUUGAUUUUGACAUGUAUAUAACCUAUAAAAAGUAAAUAAGUUAAGAAUGUUUGAGCUAAUAGAGAAUAACGUUAAGAAAUAUCCAAAAAAGGAAGCUUAUGUGUUUUGGAAUAAUGAUUCUACAAAAUCAUCGAUUACCUAUGCUGACCUAAAUAGUUUAAAAGAUUUAUGCGAUGUUCUAAAGAAUUUACCUAAACAUGUAUGCAUUUCUGUUUACAUGGAGAAUAAUUUAAACUUUCUAAUUGUAUUAUAUUGCAUAUUGCAAAAUCGUUUGCCAUUUAUAUUGUUAGACCCAAACAGAGACAAGCAAAUUUCCAAAGAUUUACUUAAAGAUCUCAAUGUGUAUUUGCUAAUAUCUUCUCAGCAUAUUACAUCAAAUGAUUUAUUUGAGCAAGACAAAGUAGGUACUGUAAUAAUUGAAGCCAAUGAUUCUAAACUGUACUGCUAUUAUUUGAAUAACGCUAAUAAUCAGACAAGUUUAGACUAUGAUAAUGUGUGUUAUGUAAUACAAACUUCUGGAAGUACUGGUGUUAAGAAAUAUGUUAGAGUUACUUAUGAUUGCAUCCUUUCCAACAUCACAAGUUUUACGAAAUUGUUCUCAGUUAAUGAAACCGAUAUUAUUUACUUAGGCACUGCGUUCACGUUCGAUCCGUGCAUGAUAGAAAUAUUCUUAGCGCUCACAACUGGAGCAACUUUACUAGCUACCACAAAAGAAAUUAAAUCCUCACCGAAUGAGUUAUUUAGUCUCCUCUUCAAGAAAAUACCAAUUACGAUCAUGCAAAUGUGCCCAUCGAUAUUCAUGCAAUUUGCCGAUGACGAUAUCAAACAUAUCUUAAUGUCGCCGUUAAAAGUGUUGGCGUUGGGAGGUGAAGCAUUCCCAAAACGUCUACUAUUAUUCGAUAGAAACACGAAUUUGAAAUUAUAUAAUUUAUACGGCAUCACUGAAGUUUCGUGCUGGGCAUCAGCGUGUUUAAUCGAUGAUGUUAAUGAAAUCUCAUUGGGAUCCAGUUUGAAUGAUACCGUUCUACAAGUUAGGGAAGCUGACGGAAAGGAAGUGCACGAAGGAGAAGGCAUCUUAUUCAUCGGAAGCAAUACUCGUUUAUGCUAUUUGAAUGAAGAGAAGGUUGCGGACGUUAAACUUCCAUUAUUUCGAAAUACCGGUGAUAUUGUUUGCAUCAAAAACAAUAAAUAUUUUUAUAGGGGCCGUUCCAACGGCGUUAUUAAAAGAUACGGAAUUCGGAUAAACUUGUAUGCUAUGCAGGAAGCUAUUUACUCUAUAUUGACUUUACGAAAUCAUUGCAUAUUCGACGAUUCUCUAAACAUUAUAAUAGCUUUUAUACAAGGAGAAUUCAAGGGAGACGAAUGGAAACUGAAAAUGCUUGACAAAAUCAAAACGAAAUUAAUAAAGGAGUUGAGCAGCGAGUAUUUACCUGAUCACAUUGAAUUGUUAGAUAAAUUUCCAUUGACCACGAACGGUAAAGUUGAUUGCGAAAAAUUGCAAUACAAGAUGCGAAAGUGCGAGGAGGAACCUGCAGAGAUGUACGCACAAUUAUGGGCGCAAUAUUUCCAAUUAAACGAGAAUACGUUGAUUUCAAAGUGUAAUUCAACGUUCGCUGAAAUGGGAGGUACUUCAGUAUUAAGGAUAAGAUUCAUCGAGGAAUUUCUAAGUUCGCUUAGCACACAUUUCGAUCGAAAAUUCCUCAACGUGUUAUUAGACCUUCCUUUCAAAAAAGCUGCAGAAUUAAUGAAGUCUCGACAUUUGAAUAAAUCGAAACAUGUAAUGUACGUGACAUCGUCUAUAUCUGAAGUAAUUUGGAUAUAUGAUAUGUACGCUUGUGUAGAUUCCACAGCGUUGACUUUCCAAAAAGAUGGGAAAUCUUACGUGGCUGUUGGAAACUUCGCGAAUAUAUUUGCUGUUAUCGAUGCAACCAGCGGAGAGGAAAUAUCGCACAUUUGGCUUCCGAAUGUGGUUGAAAAUACAUGCCAGUUUGUUUGUGAACACAACAUGUUAUUGGUGGGUUGUUUCGAUGGAAUAAUGUACGCUUUAGAUUUCCAAACCUGCAGUAUUUUGUGGACUGUAUCCACUAUGAGUAGAAUAAAAAAUAAAGCUUGUAUUAGCGAAAACAAGGAAGUGGCAAUCUUCGGAUCUUACGAUAAACACAUUUACUGUGUGCAAAUUCAAAAUGGUAAAACGAGAUGGAAAACCCAUGUCGACGAACCUGUUACUGCUGACAUCAUUUCUUGCGACGGUAGAGCAUACGUUGGAUGCAUCAACGGUUCAAUUUGUUGCUUGGAUGAGAGGAACGGAAACAUUAUAUUUCGGUACAAGGCUAAAAAUCCUAUGUUCGCGAGUCCGCAAGUUGCGAAUGGAGAACUGUUAAUAUUUGUCGAUAUCAAAGGAAACUUGUAUUGUUUCAAUACGUUUAACGAAAGUCCAAUAUGGAUUUAUAAUUGCGAAACAGAUGAAAAUGUAUUUUCGACGUUUUUGAUACACGGAAAUGAAAUUAUUUUUAGUAAAGAUCGUAAGCUGUAUACAUUAGAGUUUGACGAGACGAAAUGUAUUGCAAAAUCAUCGAUGGUUCACAACUUCAAGAUUUUCAGUGCACCAGUGUUAUAUAAGAACGAAUCGAGCAAAUUGUUUUUAAUUUUUGCCGACUCCAAUGGUUUCAUAAUCGUGUACACGUAUUCCGAUAGCAUAUCGUUAUUAGGUACGAUACAACUGAACGAAGAAUGUUUUUCCACUCCUGUCGUUGGUGAUAGCAAAAUGUAUGUGGGUUGUAGAGAUAAUCAUUUGUAUUGUAUGAAAUUAUUAUUUUAA